GUCACUUUGUCAUCCUGUAAAAAUGAUGUCAAAUACAAGCGAUCGAACAAGAUUGAAAAAAUAAAUUCACUUUUUACUGAGUGACUUUAUCUUAUUGUAACAGUUGGAUUAAUUGUGUGUUUUAUUAUAAUAUCCUGAUGUUAUAAAUUACUGCUUUUGUGUAGACAUUCCUUUUAGAAGUAACGUAAAGAUAAACUAAGCAAGAUGAUGCAAUUUAUGCUCCUAUUUAGUCGGCAAGGCAAGUUACGCCUACAGAAAUGGUACGUGGCCCACCCGGAUAAACUGAAGAAGAAAAUUACCCGUGAACUUAUCACCACAGUGCUGGCACGGAAGCCCAAAAUGUGCUCCUUUCUCGAGUGGAAAGAUGUCAAAGUAGUAUACAAGAGAUAUGCGUCCCUGUACUUCUGCUGCGCCAUGGAGCAGGAGGACAAUGAGCUGCUGACCCUGGAGCUCAUCCACCGCUAUGUCGAGCUUCUUGAUAAAUACUUUGGCAGUGUAUGCGAGCUGGACAUAAUCUUCAACUUCGAGAAAGCCUACUUCAUCCUCGACGAGUUGGUGCUCGGCGGAGAGCUGCAGGAGACCAGCAAGAAGAAUGUGCUGAAAGCCAUCGCUGCGCAGGACCUUCUGCAGGAGGACGAGACGGUGGACGCGGCGCUGCGCGAGGUGGGGCUGCUCUGAGGGCCUCCAGAAACUUCCAGAUUCUUCCGUCACCAUUGGAUUGCCAAAGACUAAAAUUGUUUGCACCACGCUCCUUUCAUGUUGAAGGGUGAAUCAAGCAGUGGCGUAGAUAUACCAACUGAAACCCGGGGCAAAUUCAUUGAAUUAGGGAAAUGUGGGCCUAUGCUCUCGGUCAAAUUAAGACCCCUCUCGGGCCAAGGGCUGUGGCAUUUAGCCCACUUCGACUGUAUAGUUAUGCCACUGCUACUGCAUGGGAUCAAAGGAUUAUCAAUCGCUUUAAAUUGAAAUUUUAAAUCUAUCAUGUUUUUGACGCGAUAUAAAUUCAUCUUUUUUUAUUCAGAGCAUUAACUAUCCGUCACGGUAUUCUGCUUUAUUAGCAAUUUCUAAAGCAAUUGAUGACCCUUCACUAACUAAAAGCUUUCAGUACAUACUUGGCAAGAUGAUUGAGUUGUAAUUUAUUUAUUUCUUUCUAAAUUGUGUCUUGGCUACAGAAAAACGGUUGAAAUAAUGUAUCUUGCCUUAUAUGUAGAAAUAAUAUAAGCGUGCGGCGGCGGAAAGCCAACCAAUAUCAAAAUCAAAUUGUUGAUUUUUUAUAUAUUAUUUUACAUUUGUUAUCUUCAAAAUUUUAUCGAUAAUAUUCUCCAAGUAAUUGUAUAAAAGCUUAACGCUAUUCCUCUUGUUAGGUAGUCGAACCCAAGUAAUAAGUUUAUUUUUAUUUUGACAUAAAUGUACAAUUUAAAAUAUAAAUGACUAAUAUUGUUAUGGUGUGGUGUUGUGCGACUGCGAAGCCCGUGUCACUAGUGAGACCGAUUAUCUCGCUUAUGAUUGGUUGAUCUCAUUUGUGACAUGGGUAACCUUGGCUGUCAGAUUGACCAAUCACGAUUAAUUAAAUAAAGUGAACUUUGAGCGGUGAGACUGAUGAAACAAGUUGAAAUCUACGUGACUGGCUUAAUGAUAUCGUCAAAUAUUUAUUUCAUUUCAAAUUCGAGUACUUUCCCAGUAUAUUUGCAUAUCAAUCAACAUAAAUCUAUAGUUCGUUUUUUUAGCAUUAGAAAGAAGGCAAGAGAUCGUUAUUUGUUUAUUAAAAAACACAUUUAAAAAAUAAGUCACAGCAAAUAUGUAACAAUUAAAAUUAUAUACGAUUAUUUACAUUAUUUUGCUUUCAUAAGUAAUAUACAAGGUGCCCGUGAGCAUUGCGAGAGAUUUUAACGGUACAUUCCUGAUGGCAACAGAAGCAAAAAAUGUUAUGACUGUUUGUGAAAUUCGACAAAAAAAAAUUGUUUUUUUUUCCCUUUUUUUUAACACUCCUGUACAUAAAACGUAAUUUUUAUUGAUAAACACAUAACCUAAAAUUAACUAAAAAGUUUUUUUUGUUUGGGGGUAGCCACUCGAAUAAAUUUUUUUUUUUUUUUUUUCGAUGUCAAUCAAUAGGUAUGUCCAGACUAGACCUCAAAGUGGCAAUACCGCAGUCAAUGUGUUUUGUACCGAGUUACGGCGAAAGAAUGAUUUUGAAAAACAUUUAAUUAUCUCUGAAACUAGGCCUAUCCAGAAA